GUUCGGUUUGAUGCAGGUCAGAUUUCAGCUCGGUCAACAAUUUUUGGUAAUGAGCUGGAAGAAUCGAAGCUACUAUCCACAUCAUGUAAUUCUCUGGGGUCUUUUGGUGAAGCUGUGAGCAAAUUGGAUGAAAAUGACUUUUAUGAUGAAAAUAGAGGGGAUUCAAAUGACUGGUUUAAGGCAGAUCAGGUUGAGUUGGCCAGAGAGUUUGAGGGAGAGGCAUUUCAUGCACCAAAUUUGGAUUUCCUGGAAGAAGAAGAGAAGGAAAACUGUGAAGCAUUCAAGUUUAUAGAAGAGGAUGCAUGCACAAAUAAUCAACUUGACUUUUCUUGUUUUUCUGGCAUUCAUGGAGUUGCAGAAAUUACUGUAAGGCCUUCGUGGAUCAUCAGUCCUGACAAGAAGUUAGUUGGUCCUGGGAACAAGAUGCUGGUGGAAGAUUACUUAAAAUCACGAAGUGAAGCUUUAGGCUCCCUGGGAGAGGAGACAGAAGAAAAUAGGCCUAAUUUUGGAAAAGCUGUUCAUUCUCCUCCAGCAGCGGGGAAGCCUACCUCUCAUUGAGAUAACUAUGGAGGACAGUCAAAUGUUGCAGUCUUACUCUCAAUCAGCUUUAAAAGAGGAACAGGAAACAAAGGCUUCAGAAAAGGCUGCAGAAUUUAAUCGUGACAGUAAAAAAAAUUCUGGGAGUUCUGGAUCAGAUACUGUAACUCUGAAGUCAGUGAAAAUUUGACUGCUAAGACAAUGGCAUCAUACACUCACAAAAAAGAGUCUUUGAGCAAUAAUAAUUCUGUUCCAGUCAAAACAGACUACUCCUGGAGUAAUGAUGAAGCCACUCCUAAAAUUUGUCCAAAAGACUUGAUAGGAUCUUACCUUGGUGAAAUAAAUGUUAAUACAACUAAUCACCAGGAAUCAUUUUUUAAGACAACAGAAAAGUCUCAUCAGAGUAGAGAAGAGCCUACUACAAAAUUUAUCAACAAUUGACACUAACAAAAUGUUAGAAAAGACCUUAAAUGACAUUAAGGGUCCCAUAAGUGCAGAGAUGAUUAACUGUUUUUUGUCUGAUGCUCUUGUGAGAUAAUCCUCAGGCAUUGAUUGAGAAGAUUAUUCAGAUGACACAGGAAAAGUCUGUGUUACAUAAGACAUUAGAUGUGACUGACCUUGAUGUCAGUGCAGAAGUACUUGAAUUAAGGAGACGGAGAAUAUUGCAAUCAAAGCAACAAACUAAAAUUGACCAUAAGGCUGAGGCAAAAUCUGUUGGUAAAGAAAGUAUAGGUAGAGAGGCUACCCAAAAACUUGUAAAUAAUUCAGAAACAAAGUUUCUACAGCCUCCACAAAGUUCAUGCAUGCCAAAACCAAUUACUGGUAUACCACAUAAACAUAUGGAAAAACUAAAAGCAAGCAGAACUAAUUCAGCACCUGGGGAAGCAACAUAUUCUCACCAAUCAAAAAUUAUGAGCAAUGACUUGCAGACUAAGUUUGAUGACACCAACGUUGAUGAGUCUAUUAAACUUGUUCAGUAUAAAUCUACAAUUUUAGAGGACACACAUAAAUUACAGCUACCAAGCUUCCUUGAAGGUAACAGUGGUGGCUUUGACUCAUCAACCCCCUGUGCCCCCAGACCCAAGUCAAGAUCAAAUAUAUCUCCUUUAAGUGAUAAACCCCAAGAGAAAGGUGGAGGUCAGACAGCUGUUGAAAAUUGCAAACAAAUAAUUCAUCCAGCUACUCAGAGGGCACUACCUAGAAUGGGGUUAUCAUCAAGUUCUGUAAAGAUGCCAGUGGCAUUGAAUCAAAUUAAAGUACCUGCACAGUUAGGCCGAGGACCAUCAGUUGUCUCGGAUAAAAGUCAUACCCGUGGAAUUCAGAACCCUGUAAGUAAUCAUAAAUUUGCAAGUCCCCAAACUUCAGAAUUGCAAGCAACAAAUGCAAGCAGUUCAUCAAAUGCAACUGAUGCCCCCACAAUACGAUCAACGAGUGUUCCAGCAGGUUUACAAUCAUUAGGUGUGGCAGCUGGUGUAGUACCUGUAAAUUAUCAGUCCGUGAAUUACAUCCAGACAUUUAGACAGCACCACUCACAGGAGAACAUAGCACAGGAGACAGACUCAGGUGAAUCACUGAAUUUGCCCCAACAAGUUUUGUUUCCCAAUGUAUGUGUUUUGGGUAUUGCUUCAGAAGUCGCCAUUAAUUUUCACAACCCAAGUCCUCGCUGGAAGCAGGUCUCUAUCAAAUUGG